GACUCAUUGUAUUCCUAAAUUAUCACCAUUCGUAUCAUUUUUUAUAACUUAUUGAUAUCUGAAUUUAGCCAAUAUCUUAAACGUUCCUGAUAUAAUGAAGAUACGGAUACAUGAUUAAGAGAUUCGAAGUGUAUCAACGAAAAACACUAAUUCGAGAGAGCCGGGAAUCGGCUGUACUAGUUUUACCCCAUGCUGCCUGUGCUCGACUCCAUGAUGUCGGAACUGAUGAUAAUUAGGCCUAGACAUAAUCCAAGUUUUAUUCAUUUGGAAUUAUUUUAUUUUCAUAUAUAGGAAAGAAGAUUGCUAUGUUUAUUUAACAUUGUUAACAUGGGGAACUGUUUAUGUCCAGAUAACUCCAAUCUUAAUAAUUCAGCUACCGAGCCUGCUUUGCAUACCCAGCCUCCCCAGCUGAAACCACCGGAGUCAAACGGGGCAGUUGUUUCUCUGAGUCAAGUGACAAUUACAACACCUCCACCAGCAUCUUCUCCUGUAGUAAAUCCGCUGACAGUUCUCCCACAGCCAGGUCCAACGCCAGACUCUAUUCAUAACACUGUCAAAACAUUUGUAGCUCUGUAUGAUUAUGAUGCUAGGACUGAUGAAGAUCUAAGUUUUCGGAAAGGGGAGCAUUUAGAAAUCAUAAAUGACACCCAGGGUGAUUGGUGGCUUGCAAGAUCAAGGACAACGAAAAAUGAAGGCUAUAUACCAUCCAAUUAUGUAGCCAAACUUAAGAGCUUAGAAUCUGAGCCAUGGUAUUUCGGAAAAAUUAAGCGAGUUGAAGCUGAAAAGAAAUUGUUAUCUCCAGAAAAUGAACAUGGGGCAUUCCUUAUCAGAGACAGUGAGAGCAGGCGCAAUGACUACUCAUUAUCUGUUCGAGAUGGAGACACUGUGAAGCACUAUAGAAUUCGACAAUUGGAUGAGGGAGGGUUUUUCAUAGCUCGACGGGUUACUUUCCGCACCCUAUCAGAGUUAGUAGAUCACUACAACCUAGAAGCAGAUGGUCUUUGUGUCAAUCUACGAAAGCCUUGCACACAGAUAGAAAAGCCUCAAACAAUUGGUUUAUCCUACAACACCAAAGACCAAUGGGAAAUUCCUAAAUCUUCCUUAAAAUUGCUGAGGAACAUUGGACAUGGUCAGUUUGGAGAGGUUUGGGAAGGUCUCUGGAAUAGCACCACCCCAGUGGCUAUCAAGACUCUCAAGCCAGGUACUAUGGAUCCAAAAGAUUUCCUGGCUGAGGCUCAGAUAAUGAAGAAGCUCAGGCAUCCAAAGCUGAUACAGCUAUAUGCAGUUUGUACACAAGAUGAGCCAAUUUACAUCAUUACAGAACUCAUGCGGCAUGGAAGCUUACUUGAAUUUUUACAAGGCAAAGGCAGAACUCUUAAGCUUCCACAAUUGAUAGACAUAGCAGCACAGAUUGCAAGUGGCAUGGCCUAUCUUGAAUCACAGAACUACAUUCACCGAGACUUAGCAGCUCGGAAUAUACUUGUAACAGACAAUAACACAGUCAAAAUAGCUGACUUUGGAUUAGCCAGAGUAAUAAAGGAGGAUGAAUAUGAAGCAAGGGUAGGAGCUCGCUUUCCCAUUAAGUGGACUGCACCUGAAGCCGCCAACUACAACAGAUUUACCAUCAAGUCAGAUGUUUGGUCAUUUGGAAUUCUCCUUACAGAAAUCGUUACAUAUGGAAGAAUACCAUAUCCAGGUAUGACAAAUGCAGAAGUCCUUCAUCAAGUUGAACAUGGAUACAGGAUGCCUUGCCCCCCAAAUUGUCCAAAGCCACUGUAUGAUAUAAUGCUGGAAUGCUGGAGGAAAGAAGAGAUGGAAAGACCUACAUUUGAAACCUUGCAGUGGAAAUUGGAAGAGUUUUUUACCAUGGAGGGGACAGAUUACAAGGAAGCGUCCAGUGUUAAAUAAAGUCCCACCUCUAAAUAGUCAUAUUUUGCCUAACGUUGUCUGUGUUCAUUGUAAUUACAUUAUUGGAAUAACUGGACUUUUCUUACAGAGAGAUGUUGUUAUCCACAAGGGAAGCGGACAGAAAAAUCCUACUUCAUAUUCGGCUUAUUAGUUUUAAUUAAUCUGUGUUUGAUGAAGCAAAGUAGUUAUCCACUUUGGUAAUGUAAGCCUAUUUUGAGGAGUGAGUUUUGUAUAACUUUGUUUUAUUAUCUAGUCAAAACUAAUUCUUUCAAGGGACAGCAAGUACUGACUGCAAUAUUUCUGUUACUUAUGAAAAGUUAACAGUGGAAAAGAUAGUUAAUAAUAAGCAAAUAUUAAACCUUAAAUGGCUUUUCAACUUCAACAUUUUGCAAAACAAUAUUUUAUAAGUUCACAUUAGCUGAAACCUCAAGUGAGCUUUCCUGAUCAUUUUUAUCUGGCAUACAACUGUCUGUCCCUCCUUCUGUCUGUCUGUUCAUCUGUAACUUUUGACUUUUUCAAAUUUUCUCCACCACUGGACCAAUUUUAAGCUAGCUCACCACAAAGCUUGUUCAAAAUUAUUCACUAAAGGGACAACAACCUCUUUCAGGGGAGGUAAUUGAGGUGAUAUUAAUACUUAGAUAAAUUGUUGAAUUACGGAAAAAAAUAAUAUUGUGUAUAUUCAAUGAAAUAUUCAAAUGAUAAUUUAUGAAUUAGCUGAGGAAGUCUCAAUAGACAAUUGCCCAUGUGAGAGCCACUUUUGGACAGAUCGCAGUUUCACUUUUCAAAGGUUCAACACAGCAUAACAAAAAAAGGUUGGGCUAUAAGUUAAAGUGCUUUUCUGUGAUUCUAGGGUAUAUGAUUUACUUUUGCUGGUGAAAUAUUAUUUAAUCUACUGAUAUUAGGGCCAUGGUGACUCAGAUGAGCAUAGUGACCAAUGAGACGCUUGAUGUUUUUUUUUAAUUUUAAAAAUAACAUUAUGGUGAUAAAUGCACUAAGUGCAAAGUACAUCAGUAUUUUUUAAACUUCAAUAUUUACAAUUUUAUGCCUCUUAUUGUUUUAGAAUUUGUUCUAAUUUUUACUCAAGUUGAUAGUUCAAGUGAGCUUUUCUUAUUAGGUAUUCCUGAUCAGAAAAACUCACUUGAACUAACAACUUUGUGGCCCAUGGGUGUCUUUAUAGUUCUUAUGGUACAUCAAUUUUACAUUUCUUGGAUAUACAAUUGUACAUAUUUUUAUUAAUAGUUUACAAGAAUAAAGGAAGACUGAGAUAUAUAUAAGUGGAUAGAAUAUUAUGUUUUCUUAUUAUACAUUAUUAUAUAUCUGAAUACCUAAAAAUAUCAAUGCAUAUCAAGUUAUGUAGCAUCUUUUUAGUCUUCUUCUGAUCAAAAUUUUUAGACUCUCAUUGUCAGCAUUUUCUCCAGAAUAGUAUGCAUUUUCAUCCAACUGCACAAUUUUUCUUUGUAUGAAGGGGAUUCAAGUUUUUUAAAUUUAGGUCAUGCUUCCUUCAAUGUGAGAUUAUCAAGGUGUAAAUUUAAAUGUGUUCAAUAAUGACCCCACUCCCUUGAAAAUUGGAUCACUUAGGACAGAAUGAGGCUGCAAUAAGGGAUGUAAGUUUCACAUUUUAAAGAAGAAUCAUUAAGAAUAGACAUUUUAAAAAUAGCGGGGCUAUGAGUGGGCCUAUUUAUGUGGAAGCAUCCUCAGCUAGUGCACAUAAGAGUUUGUUUUAAUUAUACCUCAGGGGAUAGGAUCGGGCUAUAAUAGAGGUUUAAAAAUUUCAGAGGAAUUUUUAAUGUGAUAACAGCAAGACCAUAAAGAUUUAGGUGAGCAUUGUUGCCCAUGGGCCUUUUGUUCUAUUAAGCCAGAGCAUAUUCAGAUUCAUCAUACAGAAAAUUGCAGACAGCUUAAAAACAUGUCACAGUUAUCAAAUAAUUGAUAUAUUUUCUUUUCUGUAUUUUUUUUUUUUUUUUGGCUUGUAGAAGAUUAUUUUAGGUUGUGAGAAUUUCAAGAUUUAGGUUGUAUGUAAACUUAUUUUAUUUUAAAAGUUGUGCCAAAACAAAUUAAAAGACAAAAGGAUGUGAAAUUUUGAAUAUCACAUUUGUUUGUUUGAAUACUACAUAAUGCUUACUGUACAAAAUGAUUUGCAUCUUAAAUUUUUUUUAUCAUUCUCCAUGAAAUACUUUGAAACAUAUGUAUGUGCAUUAUUAUAAAUAGUUAAACUGCUGUAUCUUGUGGUUCUCUGAAUGUAGAAGAAAGUAAUGUUUGUCCCAUUUAUAUGUAUUUUAAUGAUUGCUUUACAUAUUUACUUGCACAUAUAUAUAUGUAUUGUAUGUAUAGUUUCUAGCUCACCUGAGCCAAAGUCUGUUGGUUAUAGUCUAUCUUUGUCAUCUAACACUGGAAACUUCUCCAAUACCGUUGGGCAAUGACAGCCAAACGAGCCACAAAUAUGUUGAUGAAAGAAAGAUCAACACCCUCUUCCUAGGGGAGAUAAUUCAUAUUUUGUAAUAUCAUUCCUAGUCAAGACUAAGCUGACACGGAUCAAAAAUCUAGGAUUGCAUGGACACUACCAAGUUUACUUUGAUCCUGUAUCAUACCUACAUUUUCCAGAUGAAUGAUUAGAAUAACAUUUAUCAUACAGGCCUGUUUCCAAGUUAUUAUAUUAUAAGUUCUUCUAAAACCAAAUUUGCAUGGAUAUUAAUCUCAGAGUUCACACUAAUUUGAAAAUUUUGUCUCAGUAAAAGAUAUUUUAAAAUUACCAAGGACACAGCAUGUAUGUAAUGUAUUCAGGUUUGUUCAAAUUAUGGGUAAUAGUGAAAGUGGAGGUAGAUGGGUUAAUUUGGGUUCAUUUCAUCAAACCAGAGAUAAGAUGGGGCAGCAAUAUUUGGUGAAAUCUGCAUAAGGAUGAUUAUAACAGAAAGACUAGAAUAAGCUCAGUUUAAACAACAGCAGGUCAAAGAGCCAUCUUAUUAUCUAAGUAUCUUCAUGACUUAUAUAGUGUAAAAUCUGUUUUAAAUCAGUGUGUGGGUUAAAUUUUGACUGGUAUGGGCUCACAAAAAAGGGUCAUUUUUCCUGUUUGGUGAAGCAUUGAUUGAAGUAUGGCCCCUCAGGUAGGGUUUUGGCAUGUAGGGGGGACAUAUAAAAAUUAAGUAUUGUAAGUGCCUCAGGUGAGCUUUGUUGAACAUAGUCCUUAUAUUUUUUUCAAACUGCAGGUUGUAUCGUUAAUUGUUAGAUUAGUUUUCAUCCUCCAAAUAGUUGUACAUGUAUCUCUUUGCAUUACCAUUAUUUCUCUGAUUGUAGAGAACUAUGUACUAUGGAUAAUUUAUAUCACUUUCUGUGUCGUAAGAGUGCACUGUAUACUUGUCAGUACUUAUAAUUGUUGUGUGUAAUGUCUAAUAAAAAAAGCUAUUAAGUAGACAA